AUGAAAUCCCACUACCGCACAGAAACACGCACGAAAAAAGGCAGAAAAAACAAGCGCUGGCGCCACCCCUCGGUCGCUAGUGGCUGCUCGGUAGAGCCACGCCCGAUCGAGAGCGCUACCCUUUCCGUCUCGCUUGCGUUCUCGCUCUACAUAUAUCUGCGUCUCUGUCAUUCGCGUGGUGGCGUUUGAAAACUGCAGCUUUUUAGGCAGUACGCGUUUAGUCGUCGCGCAUAGGUGCGUUGUGCGGCGCGCGAGCCCGCGGUGUGUCUAGUGCAGUGCCGUGGAGGUGCCGAAGUGGCGGGUUUCCUUGCCUCAGGACGGGGGGCCCAUGCCCCCUUCCACCAACACCACAUUGGUAAAAGACGUGGCGAGGCAGGCGGCGCGAUGGCGUGCGCCGGCUGCGAGAAGCCGAUCCUGGACAAAUUCCUCCUCCACGUGCUGGAGCGCGCGUGGCACGCGGCGUGCGUCCGCUGCGCCGACUGCCGCGCGCCGCUGGCCGACAAGUGCUAUUCUAGGGACAACAAAUUGUUCUGUAGGAACGACUUUUUUAGGCGAUACGGCACAAAAUGUAGCGGCUGCGGGCACGGCAUAUCUCCCUCCGACCUGGUCCGCAAAGCGCGGGAGAAGGUGUUCCACCUCAACUGCUUCACCUGCCUAGUCUGCAGGAAGCAGCUGUCGACCGGCGAAGAACUGUACGUGCUAGACGACAACAAGUUUAUCUGCAAGGAGGAUUACUUGGCGGGGAAGGCGCCAACGCAUUCGGACUCCCUCCUUGGCUCAGGGUCGGACGAAGAAGAAGAAGACGAGUCCCGCGCAGCGAACAACUCCAGUAGUCCUGCGCACGCGCCGCACCCAGCCUUACACUCGGACAUCACGCAUAAUGGCGACGCCAAGCCGCAUGAGGACUCGGAGGACCAGUUGUUUUUCUUUCCCUCCCAGGGCUCGCUGGACGGAGACCCAGAGACCAGAGACUCGCAGGCUGAGAACAAGUCCCCUGAUGAUGGCAACGGAGGCUCCAAGCGGCGGGGGCCGAGGACCACCAUCAAGGCGAAGCAGCUGGAGAUCCUGAAGUCGGCGUUCAGUCAGACGCCGAAGCCGACGAGGCAUAUACGCGAGCAGCUGGCCAAAGAAACCGGUCUGCCGAUGAGGGUGAUACAGGUCUGGUUCCAAAACAAGCGUUCGAAAGAGCGCCGCCUGAAGCAGCUCACUUCAAUGGGGAGGGGUCCGUUCUUCGGGUCCUCCCGCAAGAUGCGGGGGUUCCCCAUGAACCUCUCCCCCGGGGGGUUAGAGGAGGGUCCUCCGGGGUUUCCGUACUUCGCGACGGCAGAUGGCAAGUUCGAGUUUGGAUAUGGCCCGCCGUUCCACCAUGAUGCGCCGUUCUUCCAUCCACCGCCGGCUAUGCCGUUCAACCAGCCAGGUCGUUUCGCAGGCGGAAUGGAGUCGCUGCCAGGCGGCGAGUUCCCCGAACAGUUUCCUCCGCCGGAGCACCUGGUCCUCCCGCGGCCAUCCUCCCCCGAGUUCACCUUCGGAGACGCCCCGCCCCCCCUCCACCCCGAGGGUCUGGUCUGGUAGCUGAAGCCGGAGCCGCGGGACUUCCACGACUGAGGCGGCUCGACGGGCUACAAAGUGGACUAUAAUAGUGAGGUGUUCUUUUCAGUUGAGUGAUUGGACAGCGAACCCUUGUGAUAGUGUUUUGUUUAAUCGCGAUUUUUAGGCUGCGUCUCCACUAAGGUGAGUCUACGACGAGCUGAGCACGAGUGGAGCACGAGUUGAGUCUGAAUUCGUGUAGUGUGGACCGACUUUCGAGUCUCGAACGAGCGCGCUUCGAGCAUUUGGCUCGGUUUUUUGACGUACGUGGUUUUUGAUGGGAUUUGCAUCGCGCUCUACUACUAUCGAAGAGAGUGAUUUUAAUAGACUCGUUGUACUAUGAGCCACACUUUCAGCUACCCAAUUCGGGUCAUGUCGUCUAUCGCAAAGAAUCGCCAUUAUUGAUGAGAGCGAGAGAAAAAAUGUAAAUGGGCAGCUGGAACUGUGGCCCAUUGUACGUCCACAGCUCUGUACGAGCUCGUGCUCGUAUCGCUAGCAUAGACCUACCUCUAGGUUGCUUUCGCGAAUGGAGCACCGUGCGCGUAGUGUGAACUCUUCAAUAGUAUUAGACAAUUCAAUUUUUAGUUCCAAUGGAAACGCAGCCUUAGUAGAUAUGAAAAACUUUCGUGCCGUCACGAAUGAUUGUGGAUUUUCCUUUUGUCAAGAAAUACUACUGUAAAUCGUAGGUUUUAGUUUUUCGCUUGUAUUAUUAUAAGUUUCUCCUCUGGUGCUAAUAAUUUUAAUCUUUAUUUUCUCAUUUCAAAAAUCUUGACAGAAAUUGGAUGUUUCAACUUUAGUUAUGAAAAACUUUUGUAUUUUUCAACCUUUACCAAUAUCGGAUCUUUAAUUUAUAACUCGUAUUAUCUUCAGUUUUUUAUUUAUUCUUAGGAAAUGUGAAUAUGAAGUGUCUCUGUGAAUAGUAAUACUAAAUGUAAAUACGAUAGAGUUUUAUAAUAACUAUCCAUAAUUUAUUAAGUUAAAAUAUUUAUUUACAAUGGGUUUACAUAAAGUAUAAUAAUUUUGGUUCCUAUUUUAAGAUAGAUUCAGCAAUUACAACGCAUUUUAUUUUGUAUAUUUAUUAUUAAUUUUUAAUUAAUACUGUUAAUUAAGUACAAUGGAGUAGAUAGAUAUAGCGUGCACUUAAAGGCAGGCAUUAUGUAAAUAAUAAGAUGUAUAUAAAAUUACUAUGAUCCUGUAUAUGUGUACUUAUAAGUACUUUAUGUAAGUAAUGGUAUUUUAAGUAUUCAUGAAAUUAUCACUUUUCCAUUUUGUAUGACAACAUUAAGGACAAAGGGUAAAUGUAAUUUCCAUCUUUUUACAUGUUUUUGUCACUUAUUUCACGAAUGACCUUUGUAAAUAAUUCCUUAUUUCGAGGCAGUAGGGUACAUGCAACCGUUGUCGUCCCUGUGUAUCAUUUUACUCAAAAAGUUUUUUUUCAUUGUUAUCAAUAGAGUACUCCAACUUAAUAAAAAGGGGCCGUGUUCUAACUUAAUUAAGGAGUGUUUUUACUGUUUUUUAACAACUUUUUUCAUAAAAAGUAUUUUUUAUCUGUGGUCACAUGUACUCUUAUCAUUACGCCUCACGUUUUGAACAUAACACGCGAAAAGUCAUUAUCUUUUGAGUCGCGGAACAAUUCGCUUCACUGAAAAUGUAAUUUAAUGUACUACAUAUGGGCAACAUUGAAACACCCUAUCUGUGGGUAAACCGCGAGUAACUGUAAAACUUAA